GCCACUAGGGGGCGCGCCUCCGCCGUGAAUAAAUGCCAUCGUGGGUAGACGAGGCCGCCCAGCCAUGUUGAGGAGUGUGUCAAGCAAACUGCAGCCCGCCAUUGUGUAGACACCAGGCUCUGUGCAGAGAGAGGGGCGCUUGGCUGAAACUCUACAAUAGCGACACCAUUUCUACUCCCUGCCGCUUAACUUCGGAGUAAAAAGAGUUAUACAGGCGCCGGGGGGGAAAGACAUGUCCGCCAGCAGCCUUCUCCAGCAGGUAAAGAGAGGUGUUUUCUGAACAUUGACGAGGGCCACAUCUCUCAGCAUCGCGGCGGCUAGCGGGGGAUAGCUUAGCUCAGAGGCCUGACCACCUGCUAAAGGAACCGACUGCUGGGAAUACAUCGCUUCAUCCAUUUUUUUCCCCUUCCUCUCUUCUCAUAAAUCAAACCUUCAUGAAUCACCUGGACCCAAUCCAGAGACCGAAAGGCCAAGCGAAUAAAGUGCAAAACGGAGCUGUGACACAAAAGGAUACUUUGAAUGACGAUGAGUUUGAGCCUUACCUGAAUACUCAGGCCAGACAGAGCAAUGCCUAUACGGCCAUGUCGGACUCGUACAUGCCCAGCUACUACAGCCCCUCCAUAGGAUUUUCCUACUCUCUAAACGAGGCAGCAUGGUCCACAGGUGGGGACCCUCCUAUGCCUUACCUGGCCUCCUAUGGACAGUUGAGCAAUGGGGAGCCCCACUACCUCCCGGACGCUAUGUUUGGCCAGCCAGGCCCCCUGGGGAGCAACCCUUUCCUUGGUCAGCACGGUUUCAACUUCUUCCCCAGUGGGAUCGACUUCUCGGCUUGGGGCAAUAGCAGCUCUCAGGGACAGUCGGGGACACCGCAGAGCUCUGGCUACAGCAGCAGCUAUGCCUACGCUCCCAGCUCCCUUGGGGGUGCCAUGAUUGAUGGACAGUCCCCAUUUGCACCUGCUGCCAACGAGCCUCUCAACAAGGCACCUGGUAUGAACAGCCUUGACCAGGGCAUGGCGGGGCUCAAGAUCAACAGUGCUGCUCCUGGUGGUAAUGGGGACAUGACUCCUAAGGUGGUUGGCUCUGGCUUGCCUGGUGGGGGACCCCUUGGCCCUGUAUCAUCUGUAGGACCUCCCAGCAUGCCUCCUGUCUCUAUUGCCCCUGCCAAGCCCGCUUCCUGGGCCGAUAUUGCCAGCAAGCCAGCCAAGCCUCAACCCAAGCUGAAAACCAAGGGUGGUAUGGCUGGUGCCAAUUUGCCUCCUCCGCCCAUUAAACACAACAUGGACAUUGGCACUUGGGACAACAAGGGUACCAUGCCCAAAGCUGCCACCCCUCAGCAGGUGCCCCCUGUUCCCAGCAAUGGGCAGCCGCCAAAUCAGGCUUCCCCGCAGCCUGGAGCUACUGCUGCAGGGAACCCUCAAAUGCCCCUCAGCAAUGGACAGCUGGUAGCACCUGUUUCCCAGAUGGGGCAGCAUCAGCUUCCACCCACUGGGCAGCCAGGUAUGGCCUCAAUGCCCCAGCCUCCCCUUUCCCAGGGUCCUCCUCCACCAAGCCAACAGCAGCAACCAUCUCAGCCCACUCGUUGGGUCCCUCCACGGAACCGGGCCAAUGGUUUUGGGGAUGCUGGUGGGAGUGGAACAGGCCAGUCGCCUCCCACCUCUUCUGGUGUGGGUGUUGUUCCUGGGAUCCCCUCUGAGCCUCACCCGGUCUUAGAGAAGUUGCGUAUGGUCAACAAUUAUAACCCCAAGGACUUUGACUGGAACCCCAAACAGGGCCGGGUGUUUAUCAUCAAGAGCUACUCCGAGGAUGACAUCCACCGCUCCAUCAAGUAUAACAUCUGGUGCAGCACGGAGCAUGGCAACAAGAGGCUUGACACAGCCUACCGUUCGUUGGGUGGCAAGGGGCCACUUUAUCUUCUUUUCAGUGUCAAUGGGAGCGGUCACUUCUGUGGCGUAGCAGAGAUGCGCUCACCCGUGGACUACAACACGUCUGCUGGCGUGUGGUCACAGGACAAGUGGAAGGGUCGUUUCGAUGUGCGCUGGAUCUUUGUUAAGGACGUUCCCAACAGUCAGCUGAGGCACAUUCGACUGGAGAACAACGAAAACAAGCCAGUGACCAACUCUCGGGACACACAGGAGGUACCACUGGAUAAGGCCAGGCAGGUGCUAAAGAUCAUCGCUGGAUAUAAACACACCACUUCAAUCUUCGAUGACUUUUCUCACUACGAGAAGCGUCAGGAGGAGGAAGAGUGUGUGAAAAAGGUGGAGGUCCAAGGCAACGAGCCAUAUCCCAGCAACCCAAGCAACAGGACUCAUUACAGGCUUCAGGAGCGCCAAGGACGAGUCAAGUAACAGUCAGUGCUUUGGUCAAAGACUGCAAUGCCCCCCCCCUAAAGCCCUGUCCACCCCAUUACAUCAUCACAUUCAGAUCUCUUUAAGAAAUUCUAAUAGGGGUGAAGAAUUAACCAAGGACAAAAAAACUAAAUGAAGACUUUCUUGAUUUCUUUUGACUUUGAAGACUUACUUCGAACUUGUAGUAAAAACAAAAGGAAACGAUUAUUCAUAGGACUACAACAUAGCAUCCUUAGGUGAAAUCUUUUUUGCCCUGCCCCAUUCCACCACAUAUCCUUUCCCCCCCGUGUAUGCUGCUUCUUCCCCUUUUUUUCCUUUUUUAAAAUGAAAGGAUCCUCUGUUUUUAUGGUCCAAGAGCAAGUCUUUAAAUCUCUCUCAAACACACAAAUCCAAUAGAAAUUUGUAGUAUUGGCUUAUGAUAGUGUCCCGUAGUCAGGAAUGGGCAGUUUGUCUCAUUGUUUUGUUUCUUUUUUUGUAAACCCCCGUCUUCUGAGGAUGCUCAACUCUUCAACCAGGACCCAGCAGAGUUUUCUCCUCAGUGGAUCUUCAUCGUAGGCGGGCGCCAAACUACGCUCACUCCAGAGUCUGUUUCACACAUGCUGGCCAUGUUUUUGGUUUGAGAGGACUGCAGAUGUAAAAGGACGGCCCUCUUGUUUUGUUUUUCGCAUGUGUUGGGCAGAGUGUGUGGGGAAGGUAGGGUCUGGAGAGGAAGAGUAGGGAAAGGGGCUCGAGAGUGUGAAAGCAGAAGAAAUGUUAAGUUGAUGAGCCUUGCUCGCUGUAUAAUUUAAAUCUAUCUAAAAAAAAAGGGCCCUCUGUUAACAUUGGACUUUAUUUACCCUCUUUUUCUUUCUCUUGAACAAGUAAAUUCAUCGUCGCUAUGGGCUGCUUUCUUGUUUGUUUUUUCUCCUUCCCCCGUUUUCUAAAGACAAUGAUGCGAGUGGCCUUGCCCCCGCUCUUUCUAUUAAUCAGUUCAAAAGUAAUAAAUGUGGUAUAUUCAGCAGAACUGGUGUGCAUUCCCCUUGUUUGACUCUGUAAAGCAGUUAUGUCUGUGCAUCCUUUCCAUCUGUUCUUUUCUCUUCCCUGAUGGGUAUAUGAAUGAAUGUUUUUAUUUCUCUAACCUUCAUACUCUACCCGUCCGCUCCCCACCCAUCUCUGACUUCCAAUUUUCAACUUGUGAGGAAUGUUUCCUUUCCUCUCUACUUUCCAAACCCACCUUGUCCUCCACACUCAUCUUUGUGUCUCUGACUGCUCAGCCAACCAUACAUAACUAUAAUAUCACAAGCAGCUUCCACCAUUUUCAGAAUGUCAUUGUUGGUGAGUUAAAAAAAAAAGAAAAACACAAGGUCCUCUUUCAGAACUACUGGCUUUUAUUUGUGGCAUAAUAAAGAUGCUCCACAAAGUCAUGUGUGGCCUUUCCUCAUCA